UUGAACCUGUCCACUACAUUUGGUAUCGAACCUCUUAUUUAUUUUAUUGGCACUUUACUUAAUUUGUUUGACUUACUUGUUAGUGUCAAUUGGACAAUAUCCCCCAUAAUUGCUAUGCUAAAGGAUAUACAAACAUAGAUGAACAGUAUACAAAACAUUUCAACAAUGAGCAAGCGUCAGCUCCUGUUAAUUUCCUCUUCAAGGGUGCACGGAUUUAAGUACCUUGAACAUUCCAAAGACCAAAUAAAUAAUUUACUCAAAAAGAAAGAAGUGAACACGAUUUUAUUUGUGCCAUACGCUUUAAAAGAUCAUGAUAAGUAUACAGAAACCGUCAGGAACGCCGUCAACGACUGGGGCUACAAAGUCGAAGGUCUGCACACCAAAUCAAAUCCAAUAGAUGCUGUGAAAAAUGCCCAAGCUAUAUUUGUUGGUGGUGGAAAUACUUUUGUUCUAUUAAAGACUCUUUACGAAAAGAAUCUCGUCGAAACAAUUCGUAAAACAGUUAAAAAUGGUAUUCCAUAUAUUGGAAGUAGUGCUGGAACAAAUGUUGCUACCCUAUCGAUUCAUACAACAAAUGAUAUGCCAGUUGAUUAUCCACCGACUUUUGAUGCACUUCAAUUAGUACCUUUUAAUAUUAAUCCACAUUAUUUGGAGACUGAUUUGGAAUCAAAGCACAAAGGUGAAACACGUGACGAAAGAUUAAAUGAAUUUGUUGAUUAUCAUAGCCGGCCAGUUUUGGGAUUACGCGAAGGAACAAGUCUAUUAGUGGAUGGCGAUAAAGCUACUCUGAAGGGUGAUCGUAAUGCAAAGUUGUUUAAAGCGAACAAGGAACAAGUUGAAUAUCCACCAGAAUCUGAUUUAAGUUUUUUGCUUUAAGAAAAAGUUAGAACAUAAAACGUUAAAUACAUUUUGUAAAAUAAUUAAUCUUAAUAAAAAAAAAUAUAA